GCGCCGCGCCGCGGCCUAGGCGCCCUGGGCGGCGCUGCCCGCCGCGGCCCGCAAGAUGUCCACCCGCACGCCGCUGCCCACCGUCAACGAGCGGGACGCCGAGAACCAUACCUCUGUGGAUGGAUACGCUGAACCACAUGUCCAGUCUAUCAAAUCAAGUAGCAGACAAAAUGUCCCUCGAUGCAGAAACUCAAUUACAUCUGCCAAUGAAGAGCAUCCUCACAUUGGAAAUUACCGCUUACUGAAAACAAUAGGAAAAGGAAAUUUUGCCAAAGUGAAACUGGCAAGGCAUGUUCUCACAGGAAGAGAGGUUGCUGUGAAAAUAAUAGAUAAAACCCAACUAAAUCCUACUAGUCUACAAAAGUUGUUUCGAGAAGUACGAAUAAUGAAGAUACUGAAUCAUCCCAAUAUUGUAAAAUUAUUUGAAGUUAUUGAAACUGAAAAGACAUUGUAUUUGGUAAUGGAAUAUGCCAGUGGGGGAGAGGUGUUUGACUAUCUAGUUGCACAUGGAAGAAUGAAAGAGAAAGAGGCUCGUGCAAAAUUCAGGCAGAUUGUAUCUGCUGUGCAGUACUGUCACCAGAAAUGCAUAGUUCAUCGUGACCUUAAGGCAGAAAACCUUCUACUUGAUGCAGAUAUGAACAUUAAAAUUGCAGACUUUGGCUUUAGUAAUGAAUUUACAGUUGGUAAUAAACUGGACACGUUUUGUGGAAGCCCGCCUUAUGCCGCUCCUGAACUUUUCCAAGGAAAGAAAUAUGAUGGUCCUGAAGUGGAUGUGUGGAGUCUUGGGGUCAUUCUGUACACGCUAGUGAGCGGAUCAUUGCCAUUUGAUGGUCAGAAUCUAAAGGAACUGAGGGAGCGAGUACUGAGGGGGAAGUACCGUAUUCCGUUCUAUAUGUCCACAGACUGUGAGAAUCUACUUAAGAAGCUACUGGUACUGAAUCCAAUAAAACGAGGUAGCUUGGAACAAAUUAUGAAGGAUCGGUGGAUGAAUGUUGGCCAUGAAGAAGAAGAAUUAAAGCCAUAUACUGAGCCUGAACCAGAUUUUAAUGACACCAAGAGAAUAGACAUAAUGGUCACGAUGGGAUUUUCAAGAGAGGAAAUCCGUGAAUCUUUAGUAAACCAGAAGUAUGAUGAGGUUAUGGCUACCUACCUGCUUCUAGGUAGAAAACCACCUGAAUUUGAAGGAAGUGAGUCCUUGUCUAGCAGCAACCUGAGUCAAAGAUCUCGUCCUAGCAGUGACCUCAACAACAGUUCUGUGCAGUCUCCAGCUCACUUGAAGGUCCAGCGGAGUAUAUCAACUAAUCAGAAACAACGACGGUUCAGUGAUCAUGUUGGUCCAUCAAUUCCUCCUGCUGUGUCAUACACAAAAAGGGCUCAGGCAAAUAGUGUGGAAAGUGAUCAGAAAGAGGACUGGGACAAAGAUGUAUCACGCAAACUUAGCAGCACUACAGUGGGAUCCAAAGGAGAGAUGACUGCAAGUCCACUUGUGGGUCCAGAAAGAAAGAAGUCAACUACAGUUCCAAGUAGCAAUGUGUUUGCUGGUACUGGGAUGACAAGAAGGAACACUUACGUUUGUGAGCGGUCUUCAGAUCGCUAUUCUGCAAUACAGAAUGGGAAGGACAGCAGCCUGACAGAAAUGUCUGCAAGUAGCACAUCCUCGGCGGGCUCCACAGUAGCGUCUGCUGUAUCAGCACGGCCACGACAUCAAAAGUCGAUGUCUGCCUCUGGCCAUCCAAUAAAAGUUACCCUGCCAACCAUCAAAGAUGGCACUGAAGCUUACCGACCAAGCAGUGCAACUCAAAGAGUGCCUGCUGCUUCCCCGUCUGCUCAUAGUAUUAGCACUACCACUCCAGACCGAACUCGCUUUCCUCGGGGGAGCUCAAGUCGAAGCACUUUCCAUGGUGAGCAGCUAAGGGAGCGGCGUAAUGCCACUUACAAUGGACCGCCUGCCUCACCAUCACAUGAAACCGGUGCUUUUGCACAUGCUAGAAGAGGGACAUCAACUGGUAUAAUAAGCAAGAUAACUUCCAAGUUUGUUCGCAGGGAUCCAAGUGAAGGCGAAGCCAGUGGCAGAACUGACACCUCAAGGAGUGCUUCUGGAGAGCCAAAAGAAAGAGAAAAGGAGGAUAGCAAAGAUUCGAAGCCACGCUCCUUGAGGUUCACGUGGAGUAUGAAAACCACUAGUUCUAUGGACCCAAACGACAUGAUGAGAGAGAUCCGAAAAGUGUUAGACGCUAAUAACUGUGAUUAUGAACAGAAAGAGCGGUUUUUGCUCUUCUGCGUUCACGGUGAUGCACGACAAGAUAGCCUUGUUCAGUGGGAGAUGGAAGUCUGCAAACUGCCACGGUUGUCACUCAAUGGAGUUCGUUUUAAGAGAAUAUCCGGGACCUCUAUUGCAUUUAAGAACAUUGCAUCCAAGAUAGCAAAUGAGCUUAAGCUGUAAAGAGAAACUACAUUUCUUGGGAUCAGGGAAGAUUCAUACAUGAUCUACACUUUGAAUGUACUGGUUACGCCUAAUGUGAUUGGCCUGUGAAGCUCCCCAUGUAGAAAUUGCCCUUAUUGCAAUAAGGUUAUACAUAGUUAUUCAGAAUUGUAAAGUUAAAUCCAGUAUAACCUAUAUUAAAUAACUGUAGCUAAAGAAGUUAUGUUCACAUGUACAGGUAAGUAUAUAGAGCAUUCUGUUCAUUUUAUGUUCAUAGAGUUGUAUAAUAAAAGAUGACUGCUUAAAUACAGAUCUUGUAUAGUUGUCUAGAUUUCUGCACAGAAAUGUAUGUUUGAUGCUUUGAGUUGGAAAAGUUCUUCCCUAUCACUUAACAUUUUUGGUGGUUUUUAUAAGUCUUACCUCUAUCAUGCAUUUUUUUAAAAACUGUGUCCUGAGUCAAAUGCACAAAAAUAAUUUUCACAACUGUAGCAUGACCAUUUUUAAUUAUUUAAAAAUUGUUCAUGAUUUGAAGCAAAAGUCGAUGAAUAAAUCGGCUUUUGUUCUACACAAGACUGUUCCUGCUUAUCUUUGGCUCUUAAACCGUGUUAUUGGACAGUGUUUAGUUGAAAAAUACAAACAUGUUUACAGUGUUGGCACUUACAGUUUAAAAACUUCGUUUUGCCUUGGGCCAGCUCAGAGCUGUGGGGGAACAGAAACCAGGCAUUAGUAAUGUUUUGUCUGCCGAUUAUAGUGCUUACUCCCUGGCCUGUUAACAAAUGUAGCACCAAAAUGGAUAACCGUAAAUUAUUUCAUUUGAAUAUCAUGGUGUAAAAUAUCACUUGUUUGCUGCCUUCAGAAUAUUAUAAAUUCCAUUUUAUGGAACUAUAUUAAUAUUGGGACUGUUUAAUAGCACAAGAUAAUCUGAAGUGUUGACCAAUUGUAUAAAGUAAUAACACCACCUCAGGAAUUAGCUUGGCUUUUGGAAUAUGUGCCCCCAAAGAGUACAUGCAAUUCCACAUAAUAUUUUACAGCUAAACAUACAUUGUUUAUAAUGAUAAAUUGUUGAUUUAUGCUUUCGUGGUUGUACAGUUUGUUCCCAUGUAACCUGUUUGUGUUUAAUAUUUUAUCAGAUUUCUUGUAUUUAUUCCACAUCAUUAUGCCUGUAAUGUGCAGCUUUGUAAUUAGGCAUUUGCUUACAGAAAAGAAAAAAAAAAAAAAAAAAACACUUUCCUCCCCCCUUCAUAAUUAAUGAUUAUAAACUAUGUAAAACCACUAGUACUGGUACAUUUUAAUACUUGUUAUUUUGUACUGAAUUAACCAUAGAGGUUGGUUGUGCAAUGUUAUUUAAUGUCGUAAUUACUGUAAUAUCAACAUAUGGGCCCCAUCUGCACACUUGUGAAGAAUAGAAAGUUCGUUAAGAAAUUGUCACUUUAAAAAAUAAAAAUAAAAAAAAAGCUGUGGUAAACUCUGUAACCCUAAGUUAGAAGGCUGUAAGUGUAGUUUAUGUGCCAUUCAAUGAUGGUUUUUUGACAGAGACGGACUUUACAUGCUGUACUGUGAUGUAGCUUUCUUCUGUAACAGUUCUGUUCUGACAUGGACGUGUAUUGUUGCCUUAGAAAAAGGGUGGUGUUUGGAAAGAAAGAACUGUAGCCCUCCCCCCCCCUUUUUUUUUUAAUCUGAUGUUCAUUGAAACAAAAUCUGAUGCAAGUCAUCUUGAUUCACUGGUGCACUCUAUUAAAACUUACUUGAACAGUUCUCAUACUAAAAUACUCGUUGUUUGCCCUUUAUAAAUGUGCAAUAAUUAUUGCAGGUAGAGGAGCAGCCUAGAUGUGUCUAAUUGCAGGUAUGUGUUAUGUCUGAAGUUUUUGUUUAGUUGUUUUAGGGAUGUGGGGUUGUUGGUGGGUUGUGUGUGUGGGGGGGGUGUUUUUCUUGUUUGUUUUUUGUUUGUUUGUUUGUUUUGGGUUUUUUUAGUGUAAAGACUUCAUAUUCUACCUAGUGUGAAUUCAAAAUUUUCAUUGCAUCAGUUGUAGGUCCUACGCUGUCUAGAAAAUACCAGUGGUUUUAGCACUUCAUGGAAAUAGAUGUCCAGAAAAUAUUCCAGAAAUUCACCAAAAAUCAGUCUCAGGAAGGAUUUGUGUAUCUGCUGAAUUAAUCCAUGAAUGUUCAUUUGUCCUUGAAAAUGCACCACUAGAAUGUAACAGCAAUGGCGUUAAUCUAAGAUCAUGUAUGAAUUUAGUAAUGAAACAAAAUGCUUUGCCUUCUUGGAAAGUUCUGUGUAAAAAAUAUAGGUCAUGCUGUGAGACAGUGGAUUAAAUACUUGUGAGAGUUUCCUGCAUUAUAUGUUAUAUUUUUACAUGGCUUACUCUGCCCUAGAUUGUUACCAUUUCUGACCAUUUUAUGUAACUGGAGAUGAGUCUGUAUUAAUGUUUCAUAAAACAUAGACAUCAUUUCAAGA